UCAUUUCGAAAUAAUGAUGGAACCAAAUAAUAGCGAAUAUGAGAAUAAUUCUUAUAUUACAUUUUUCGGACCCGUGGGGAUGGCUUUUUAUGACAACGGCCAGGUCUUAGAAGAUAGCCUCACAGUCAAAAUCAUAUUGAGUAUUAUACUGGCUGUUAUAAUGAUUCUGAGUUUAAUCGGAAAUGGUUGUACUUGUGCUGUGAUCGCUCGCAAUCGUUCUAUGCGAACUCCGACUAACUGCUAUUUAUUCAACCUUGCAAUUACCGACCUGUUCAUGGCUUUAUUUGUGCCAAUAGACAUUUACAUCAUUUGGAUCCCUGAAUUCUACCCAUUGGGGGAAGUGGGCUGCCGUCUGCAUUUCGUGCUGUGGGAUUGUCUUAGUAAUUGUAGCCUGCUGAUUAUAACCGCGUUUACCGUCGAACGAUAUCUGGUCAUCACCAGGCCAUUUCUUCGACAGAAAUUGUCCCUUAAUUCGCGUGUCUUCAAACUGGUCGGUGUUAUAUGGUUCGUGUCCUGCAGCUUUUGCAUACCGGACCUCCUGUAUAUCGAUAUGAUUGAAGAGAAGAAAUAUGUAUUUUGCUACGUAGCAAUGUCGCACAUCGUGAGUGUAUUUGUGGCAGCCGAGAUCUUUGUUUUCUACGUGAUACCAAUGACGAUUAUUAUAAUAUUGUACAUAUUAAUAACGAUAGAGUUAAAGUUCAAAAAGAAACUUCGGAGCAGUCCCGCCAGCAAUGGACAACAAAACAGAGAUAAAGCGGUCAUAAUGUUAGCGGCUGUAGCUCUUUCGUUUUUUCUGUUCUGGUCACCAUACUGUUACCUGCGCAUCAUGUUGAUUUGGCCCGGUGUUUAUGAGAAGCAUUAUAAUGCAUGGAAAAUAGUGAAUUAUUUAUGCUACAAUUCGUACGCAUCGAGCGCCUUAAACCCGAUCCUAUAUAGUCUCAUGUCACGGAAAUUUCGACGUGCGUUCAAGGAUUUUUUCACUAGACGAAAACCAGACAGUACCAAUCGGAAUGAUAUAGCCAAGGCUUCUUUGAGCAAAAAUGAAACUAAAUUGGAACUAAAGAUGUAG